AUGUCUAUGGUUGAGGUGAGAGUUCCAAAUCUGGACUGUGAGGGAUGUGCUGUGAAGCUAAGAAAGGCUCUGUUCAAGCUCAAAGGGGUCGAUGAGGUGGAUGUCGACAUGGACUUGCAAAAGAUCACGAUUAGAGGAUACCUAUUGGACGAGAAGAAGAUUCUGAAGGCCAUAAAACGAACCGGAAAAGCAGCCGAGCCGUGGCCUUACCCGGGCUACUCGUAUUUUUCGUCCUUCUACAAGUACCCGAGCCACAUCAUCAGCCACUAUUAUGACACGUCGAGGAAUGUUGUCGCGCCAAGUGUCCACACGUUUUUCCACACUCCAGCUGCGUACUCCUUGGCCGUGGCCUCGGAUGAGGUGGCGGCGUCGCUUUUCAGCGACGACAAUCCCCACGCGUGCUACAUUAUGUGA